AUGGCCGUCGAGCCACCCCCAAACUCUACAUCUACGACAUGCCCGCUCGCCAGCAGCCUGCGCCCCGUGAUCACCGUGCAACUCCCGUCGCGGCGUCCCUGGCCAAGGACGGAUUUGGGCCCAACGCGCAAGCCGGGGCGACGUGGCGCGUCCCAGGGACGGUGGACUGAUCCGCCACUAACACCACAGGUUCGCAGGGUGAUGAUGCCCCGAGAUGGUGAAGGAGGAAGCGGCAGGACGGGUAGCCGCCCGACACACACACACCGGCGCCCUCCCAAGGCCAAGGGCAGUUUCCUCCACGGGGUGUGCAGCCGAUAUCAGUCCGUACCGCAGGGGACCCGCUGCAAUAGCGCCGCCGUCGCGCGAGACCCGAUGCCCUGCAGACCGCGUAAAGUACCGGCGUGCGUAGCUUGCGGUGUGACAUCUCGCUCAUUCCCCGGGAUCGUUAAAUGA